AUGUUUUAAAUAUUUUUAAAUGUAUUUAUUAUAAUUAAAGUACCUUACUUUCAAUAUAGGCCUAUUUUAGUUUUUAAAUAUAAAAUGUUACCAUUUUUUUCUUGACAUUGUUGCUGUCCUGCUGUUACCAUGGAUACAACAAACUUACCAAGCCGAGGCUGUAGCGCAGCUUUACACGGUAGUAACACGUAACUAACGUUAAGCGAACUUAGUUAGCUUAAAUUGACAUAUUAAUACUAUUCAACAUAUUGUGGAGGUGAGGAAAUACAAAUACUUAAAGACCAGCAAUGUCUUGGAACUGGAAUAGCCAUGGACUACCAUUUUUACCUGGAUACACUUUCCGGGAUGUAACGAAGUCAGCUUUCCACCGUCCCCAGACUCUGGGAUAUAGGAAUGGUUAUGCUCUGCCCCGUCGCCCCACUGUGGGUAUUGGACAGGAUCCUCUUUUAUCAGAGCAACUGACCCAGCAGGAGAUCAAUGAGUUGUCCUUUGACACACCAGACUUGAUGUAUGGUUCCUCGGACCAGUGCAUAAUGGAAGACUUCAUCCCAGCUCAUGUGGCCCUUGACAAGAAGGUGCUGUGCUUCUAUGCAUACUUUCAGGAAAAUAUCCUGUUUUCCCCUGAAGAGGAGUGCCGCGUGCGCCCUGUGGUCUUUUAUUACUACCUUGAAGAUGACAGCAUGUGCAUCAUUGAGCCUGCAGUGGAGAAUUCUGGGAUACCCCAGGGGAAACGGCUCAAACGUCAACGUCUGCCAAAGAAUGAACAUGGAGAGCAUUACCAUUGGAAAGAUCUCAAUAUUGGCAUGGACCUGGAGGUAUACGGGGUCACAUACCGAAUCACACAGUGUGAUGCUUUUACGAAGGAAUUCAUGGAAAGUGAGGGCAUUGUACUGAACAACCCUGAGCAGAUGCCUGUGGAUCCUUACAGCAAACGUUGCAAAAACCCUCGGCCUUCCUUCACCACACGCUCAGAGUUUGACAUCAAGCACCAGUUUCUCACCCUGGAUCGUAAGGUGCUGCGUUUCUUUGCACUUUGGGACGAUGCUGACGCUCUGUUCGGGGAUACCAGGCCUGUUAUCAUCCAUUAUUACCUGGUGGAUGACACUGUGGAGAUCAGAGAGGUCCACGAACCCAACAACGGCCGGGACCCCUUCCCUAUCCUGAUGCGCAUAAAGAAGCUGCCCAAGAAAGUCAAACCAGAGGCUGGGAGUUUUCCGAGCUGUGUGCUGGAGGUUUCAACAGCCGAAGUAGAUGAGUACUACUCCCCCAAAGACUUCCAGAUGGGUCAGACGAUGACUCUGCUGGGCCGUCGCUUCCUGCUGUAUGACUGUGAUGGCUUCACUAAAGAGUAUUACCAAAAUAACUACCCUGACAUGGAGAUGAAACCCACCGAGGUACCAAAAAAGACUGAGCUGCCUCAUGAGAGGAAGAAGGAGGUUCCUGUCUACAAUGGUUUCGGUACACUUGAAGACUCUCUCCAGAAUUGUUUGUCUUUAAUUCCUAAGCGUCCCAAAAAGAAUGUGAUAAAGAUGCUGGAAAAUGACCACAAAGUGUUGCGCUACAGCGCCAGGCUGGACUCCCAGCAUCCUGAAGAUGAGGGCCGACGUUUCAUUCUCUCCUACUUCCUGUCCAAUGACAUGAUCAGUAUUUUUGAAAGGCCUGCUCGAAACUCUGGUUUCAUCGGUGGCAAGUUUCUGGAAAAGACACGCAUCCCAAAGCCAGGUUCUACAGUGGACAGUCCUCAGUUCUACUCACCUGCAGACUUUGCUAUUGGAGCCACUGUGGAGGUUUUCAAUCAUUGCUUUGUGUUGACUGAUGCUGACCCCUAUGUGCUGACAUACCUGGAGUCCAACGCAAGCCAGAUCCCAUGUCAGACACUGGAUUCUUUGCACCAGAAGCUGGGUGUGGGUACAGCUCACAACCAGCAGGCUGAGCAAAAUGGGGAUGAUGAAGCAGAACCAUCGUCAUGAUGUCAGAGAAGGCUGGAUUUUCCCAAAACUGAUUCACUCCCCAAUAAAUCAGACUACAAUUCCAAUCACAGCCUUUUCAGAAUGUUUAUUAACAUAACACUGAUGUCUGAAGAAAAUACUUUGAUUUUUAUAUUG